AUGACCUAUCCUGUCUUCAGCAUCCGUGAUCUGGAUCGCACUGUGUUUCUGUACGAAGAGAAACAGCCUGAAUCUUCUCUCCUUCACCUCAGCAGAAAACAGGAUAUCUCCAGCGAAGCUGCACGUGAUGUCAAAAAGGAAUUGGAAAAAUAUGGACUCAGAUUUGACCCAAACUCUAUUCCAGAUUUCCAUGAAGAAUUUGCACAGUCCUUUGCACCUAAAAUUUCUGAUAUUGGCAAGGCCAAGGGUUUAGUGUGUAAAUCACGAAUUGCUGUGCGGUACCUCAUUUCCGGCAGGACAAUUUCAAGCUCAAUAAAAGGUCUCCCCGUCCCUUUGCUCCUCACUCAACUGCACCACUCAGUUAGCACGGUCCUCGCUCCUUCCAGCUUUGACUACACUACAAACAACAUGUGCUCUAGCGGAUGUUGCUCUACCACAUGCUGCCCCAUCGUGAAGAGCACAACAGAGUGCUGCAGCCAGGCAUGCCAGAAGACCAUCUGCUGCGACCCAUGCCAGCAGUCCUGCUGCUGCGACCCAUGCCAGAAGCCCUGCUGUGACCCGUGCCAGCAGUCCGUUUGCUGUGACCCAUGCCAGAAGCCCUGCUGUGACCCGUGCCAGCAGUCUGUCUGCUGUGACCCAUGCCAGAAGCCCUGCUGUGACCCGUGCCAGCAGUCUGUCUGCUGUGACCCAUGCCAGAAGCCCUGCUGUGACCCGUGCCAGCAGUCUGUCUGCUGUGACCCAUGCCAGAAGCCCUGCUGUGACCCGUGCCAGCAGUCUGUCUGCUGUGACCCAUGCCAGAAGCCCUGCUGUGACCCGUGCCAGCAGUCUGUCUGCUGUGACCCAUGCCAGAAGCCCUGCUGUGACCCGUGCCAGCAGUCUGUCUGCUGUGAUCCAUGCCAGAAGCCCUGCUGUGACCCGUGCCGGCAGUCCUGCUGUGAUCCAUGCCAGAAGCCCUGCUGUGACCCGUGCCAGCAGUCCUGCUGUGAUCCAUGCCAGAAGCCCUGCUGUGACCCGUGCCAGCAGUCCUGCUGUGAUCCAUGCCAGAAGCCCGUCUGCUGUACCAAGGAAGCCAUCCAGGAUUUCCUCUUCGCCUACACUACUACCAACAACAUGCCCAACGGAGGUUGUGGAUGCUGCGGUGGAAAUAACAACUACACCGUGUGCUGCUACAGCAGCCCUAAGUGCUGCAAGACGCCGAUGUGCUGCUCGCCCAUGCAGCGCUGCUGCCCCACGACCUGCUGCAUGCCCAUGCAGACCUGCUGCUACACCAUGAGCAACAACAACAGCGGCUGCUGCGGUGGCCACGGCGGCUGUGGCCACUAA